CAUAUAAUUUUUGUUCCAAUUAAUAAACACAAACAAACAAAAUGAUUAUCCCUGAGGUGGACAUGUUGGCUGUGUCGAAGAACAGUCGCGUACAGCGUGGAGCCAUUGUGGGCUAUGUGCUGCCAGGACUCAAUAUGGUGGACUAUGGGGAUAUCGCUCGCAUCGAUCAAUACUAUUUGGAUUGCCAGAGAUAUCGCGACUACUAUCGUGAUCCGCAUGGCAAAAUGCCCAAACCGGAGCGCUUCCGUCAGUAUCAGGGCAGGUGCGGCACCAAGUCAGAUAAAUCCUUUGGAACUUUGAUGUUGCCACCCCAGUGGCGUGAGGAGCGCAAGCCCAUUGUGUAUCCGGUUCCCUAUGGCAUCCAAAUGGAUAUGGACAAACACUACAGGACACUGUUGAUGAGCACUCACAGUGGCAGCACACACACGGCUUUCAAACGCUAGUGAUGACCGGAGGUAAUAAUCUGGGACUCUUGGAUUACCCUGAUUAUAUUGGACAAUGGAAUUGAUAAACAUUUUAGCCGAAAGAAUUCAAUAAUUCUAAUCUAA